AUGACGGCGGCCAACCCAUUCGGGGGCGUGGCCAACCCGGGGGUGGAGGCGCUCAUCUCGCGCUACUCGCUGGACGCGCAGGUGUCGACGCUGCUGCGGGCGCUGCCGCCCCAGCUGCAGCAGAUGGCCGCCGAGCUGCCAGUGCACGAG